CUUAGCCUCGUAGAUAUCAGUACUAGGUUGGGAAAGUUUCCAGACCUGAGGUUCGGUAAACAAUCUUCUGUUUAUGACCCACCUACGCAGCUAGUCUCACACAUUCUUUGCGUUACUGAAUACUCCAGAGCCGAUCCGUUUCAUAACCAGAGAUUUUAGGCUCAAGAAAUCAAGAUUUAGGUUUUCAGAUUUCAAUCGAGUAGAGAAGAUAUGCCAGAUCACGAAGACUCGAAGCCUGAAUCGUUCAUGGAGAAGAUAACGGAGAAGAUACACGGUCACAAGGAUGAUUCUUCUUCCUCUUCAGAUUCAGAUGACGAUAGUAAGAUUUCGGCCAUCAAAUCGAAGGUUUUUCGCCUAUUUGGUAGGGAAAAGCCUGUUCACAAUGUCUUCGGCGGUGGAAAGCCGGCCGAUGUGCUUCUGUGGAAGGAUAAAAAGGUAUCGGGUGGACUUCUAGGUGGGGUGACGUUGAUCUGGUUUCUUUUCGAGGUUCUGGAGUAUCAUUUUCUGACUUUGGUUUGCCACAGUAUCAUCCUUACACUGGCAAUAUUCUUUUUGUGGUCAAAUGCCUCAACAUUCAUCAACAAGUCUCCACCAAAAAUUCCGCAUGUUGUGAUUCCAGAGAAACCUCUUAUGCAAAUUGUCUCUGCCCUGAGGAUUGAGAUAAAUCGAGGUUUUGCAGUUAUACGAGAUAUUGCUUCAGGGAAAGACCUGAAGAAGUUUCUAUCUGUUAUUGCUGGCUUAUGGUUUGUGUCGAUCAUCGGCAGCUGCUACAACUUUUUGACAUUGAUCUACAUAAUAUUUGUGGUUCUCUUCUCGGUGCCUGUGAUCUAUGAUAAAUACGAGGAUAAGAUCGACCCGCUUGCUGAGAAAGCAUGGAUUGAAAUCAAGAAACAAUAUGCAGUACUCGAUAAAAAAGUGCUGAGUAAGAUCCCGAGAUCGAUGAAAGAAAUUAAAGAUAAGAAAAAGGCUUGAGAAUGCAACUUGGUUAGGUGUGUUUUUAUAACUCUAAAAAUGGUUGUCAAAUCUUUCUCAUCAUUGUUUUUUAAUCACAUAUGUUUUUAUGAUUUAGGGUUUGUGGGGUUGCUAAUACAGAUUAAUAUCUAAGACCCUUUUACCCAAUAUAAGUUUCUUGGUUUUCUUAGAGUCAUGGUGAUUGUUCUUAUGUUUUUAUACAUGGUGUUACAGUUUUUUUCUUCAUGUGGCACUUUGUUUUGAAACCAUACUAGUAUGAUGUAUUAUGUUUUGUUUUUCUGAGAACAAAAUUUUGUUGGUGUUA